AUGCGUGAUGUGGGCGUAAAUGGGACGCAUGGAAGGAGCGAUCUCAUGGCUCUUGUCGCGACAGCGCAAAAAGGUGCGCUCCUUCCCCCAGAGUUGCCCAUUUCUCAUUCCUUGCCAGACCUCCCAUCCAAGUGCGGAAGCAGGCUCUCAUGGUGGAAAGUGCUUGCAGGAGAAGCGGGCCAAUACGAGUGCCCAGAUGGGCUGCGCCGGCCAAUUUCGCAAGCUACUAGCGCCUUGUGCAACAUUUGGUUCUGGGCAUUUUUCGUUGGCUUCACAUACGAUUCAUACUCGGUCAUAGUAAUGCUCCGUAAAGUCUGGGGAAUUCGUAUCCCAGCUGGCAAGAAGACAGGCUUCGUCUCAAUGCUAAGACAAGCCUAG